GGAGGGACCGGAGGGACAGGAGGGACACAAGAGACAGGAGGGACCGGAGGGACCGGAGGGACACAGGGGACAGGAGGGACAGGAGGGACACGAGAGCCACACGAGAGCCACACGAGAGCCACCGGGACCGAGCUCGGCCGGAGAGGAGAGCCGGGAGCAGCCGCAGUUUCUUAAGGUGGGUGGAAAGUCCUGGUGGAAGGAUAUGCCUGGCAAUAAGCUGAUGUUUAAUCACAUCUCUGGCCACUGAUAUCUGGGGCCAUCGGAGCCGCUGGGUGAUGAAGAGCUCUGUGCUGUGAGUGAACAAAGGACCUGGAGACACAGGAGUGAGAUCCAGAGCAUCAGCUCAGCAGCUCAGCCCGUGGAGGGGAGGACUUGUAAUCUGUUUGUGCUGACCCCAGAAGGCUGAGCAAAGCAUCAUGAACAGCCAUCAGACAGUAAAAAUCUUCAAGAAAUCUUCUAUCCCAGGAGUUGUUGUCACUCAGUUUGUGAAUGAUGUUCCACAAGGAUGCAGUACACCUGAUUUUGAGAAGAAACCACUCACUCUGACACUGCAGGAAGGUAAAAAUGCCAUUUUCAGAGCUGUGGUCAAAGGUGUCCCAACUCCUGAGGUGAAAUGGUCACGUACACGGAAAGGAAUGGAUGAUUCUGCCAAAUACGAAAUGUCCUUCAAUAGUGCCACAAAUGAAUUCAUUCUGCAGAUCAGGAGCGUGGUUCUGGAUGACAGUGACCUGUAUCGCUGCUGUGCCAUCAACGCCUACGGAGAGGCCUCGUGCUCUGCUGGCCUCAGGAUCAUCCAAGUUGGCUUUAAGAAGAAGGCGAAAUAUGUUCCUGUUCAUGCUGCUGAUGAGCUCAAGAAGACGCUCCUGGACUCCAAGAAGCUGCUAAGGAAGAGGGCUGCAGCACCAAAACCAAAGCCCCUGGACAAAGAAGCUGUAUGGCAGCUGUUGCUGCACGCAGAUAAGAGAGAUUAUGAGAAAAUCUGUAUGAAAUAUGGAAUUGUUGAUUUCCGUGGGAUGCUGAGGAAGCUGCAGGAGAUGAGGAAGGACACAGAGAGUGAACAAGACAAGUUAGUUCACAGUCUCAAAAACUUUGAACACAUCAGAGUCAACAAGGAGGGAAAUGCUACCUUUAGCCUGGAGAUGGAGCUGAAAAACAGCAACAGCAACGUUUACCUGCUCAAGGAUGGUGAGAGGCUCAGGUACGGGACAGGGGAUGAGUACAGGAAGCACUGUCUGAGGAGAGUUGGGAGGAGAUAUUAUUUCACUGUCAAUGAUGUGCAGCCAGAGGAUGCCGGGGUGUACCAGGUCAGGGUGGAGGACGUCCCUGUCUUCUCAACUGAACUGGAUGCUCAAGCCAUCCCGGCGCGGUUCCGGCAGCCGCUGUCCGACGUGCGCUGCGCCGAGGCCGCGGACGCGCAGUUCCAGUGUGUGCUGUGCACGCCCUGCCACCAGCCCCUGUGGCUGCACAAGAGCCACCCCCUGCAGAACAGUGCCAAGCACCAGAUCUCUGUGACACCUGAUGGCCUGAGCCACCAGCUGAUUGUGAGGAACGUGGGGCCCUCGGACAGCGGAUUGUACACGCUCGACGCGGGACAGGGCUCCUCCAGCGCCUGGCUCCUCGUGGAGUAUGCCAAAGGAAAGAGGAGACAGGAUGAAGGAGAACAGAUUGAAAGGGAGACAUCUGAGUGGCUGAAAGAAACAAUGGCAGACAAUGAAAGGGCGAGGAAGCUUCGGCGCCAAGAACAAGCUGCUGCUGAAGAUUCUUCCUUUUCCGCAUCCUCUGGUGCAGAGAAAAGUGCCUGGUACAGGACAACUCAAGGCAGCAGCCAAGGCAGGGGCCAAGGACACUCCAUUGAUUCUGAUGAUGGAAGCCAAAGAUUUUUGGGGAAAGAGGGUCUACGCAAAACCCAGAUGAACGGAGAGAUGGGGUCUGGACAGUUCUCUGGAGCAGGUCUAGAUGGAGACUCAGCAGCCAAUGGUGGCAGCACCUUUGGACUGAAAGGCUUAGGAGGCAGAAGUGGGUUAAGGGCUGUCCAUGGGGUGGACUCUGUGUCAGGUCCUGGUGCUGCAGCAGGAGGGGCAGGUGAAUGGAAUUCUGUGGGUGGCAGAGGUGAGGGUGUGCUGGGUGCUGUUAACAUUGACAUGGAUGGUGGAGGAGGUUUGGGAUCCCAGCAUGACAAGGAAGGGAAUUCAGGUGAUGCCAGCUACAGAGCUGGUUUUGGGGGUGCUGGAAGGUUGGGUGGUGGAAGUUCUGUGCCACAUGGACUUGAUCCUGAUUCAGCUGGAGUGGGAGCCAGUGUGAGUGAUCUGUUCAGCAGGACUGGAGCUGGGGGGAAUGCUGCAGGUGCUGGAAUGGCAGGAGAAAUGAGGCCCCACCACGGCAAGGAUGGGCAUCCCACUGUGGGUGAUGUGUAUGGAGGCAUAAACAGAGAGGGACAAACAGGGACUCCCUAUGGCAAGGAGGGCUUGGUACCUCAUGCCAGUGGUCAGUUGGGGCAGGCAGGAAGAUCUGGCUCACUGCAUGGGCCAGGAGGCUUUCCAGGUGGAGAUGGGGCUGUACCUGCUGCACAUGGCAAUUCCACAACAGAAAUGGAGGCUUUGUACGGUCCAGAUGGUCGGGCACUGGGAACAGGUGCUGGUGGAGCUGGUGGAGCUGGUGCAGGGGGAUUUGGAGCUCCCUAUGGGAAGGAUGGUCUUCCCAUUGGAGCAGGCAUUGGUGGGGCUGGUGGUGCAGGAGCACUCGGAUCUCCCUAUGGAAAGGAUGGUCUCCCAGCUGGGGCUGGUGGUGCAGGAGCACUUGGAGCUCCCUAUGGAAAGGAUGGUCUCCCAGCUGGGGCUGGUGGUGCAGGAGGAUUUGGAGAGGCUUUGUAUGGUCCAGAUGGUCGGCCACUUGGAGCAGGUGGUGGUGGUGCUUCUGGUGCAGGGAUAGUUGGGGGUUCCUAUGGGAAGGAUGGACUCCCAGUUGGAGCUGGAGUUGGUGGAGCUGUAGGUGGUGGGUUUGGAGGUGCUGGCUCUCCUUAUGGAAUGGAUGCUUUCCCAGCUGGAGCAGGUGCUGGAGGGCCUGGUGCAGGGGGACUUGGAGCUCCCUAUGGGAAGGAUGGUCUCCCAGCUGGAGCAGGUGCUGGUGGUGCUGGAGGAUUUGGGGAGGCUUUGUAUGAUGGUCGGCCACUUGGAGCAGGUGUUGGUGAUAUGGCUGGUGCUGGUGAAGGGGGACUUGGAUCUCCACGUGGAAAGGGUGGUCUCCCAGCUGGGGCUGGUUUUGGUGGUCUUGGUGCAGCGGGACUUGGAGCUCCCUAUGGGAAGGAUGGUCUUCCCAUUGGAGCAGGUAUUGGUGGGGCUGGUGGUGCAGGGGGAGUUUUGGGUCCCUGUGGAAAGGAUGGUCUCCCAGUUGGAGCUGGAGCUGGUGUUGGUGGUUCAGGGGGUCCCUAUGGAAAGGAUGGUCUCCCAGCUGGAGCAGGAGCUGGUGUUGGUGGUGCAGGGGGAGUUUUGGGUCCCUAUGGAAAGGAUGGUCUCCCAGUUGGAGCAGGUGCUGGUGUUGGUGGUGCAGGGGGAGUUUUGGGUCCCUAUGGAAAGGAUGGUCUCCCAUUUGGAACUGGUGCUGGUGUUGGUGGUUCAGGGGGAGCUGGGGGUCCCUAUGGAAAGGAUGGUCUCCCAGUUGGAGCUGGAGCUGGUGUUGGUGGUGCAGGGGGAGUUUUGGGUCCUUUUGGAAAGGAUGGUCUGCCAGUUGGAGCUGGUGUUGGGGGGGCUGGAGCUCCCUAUGGAAAGGAUGGUCUCCCAGUUGGAACUGGUGCUGGUGUUGGUGGUGCAGGGGCAGCUGGGGGUCCCUAUGGAAAGGAUGGUCUGCCAGCUGGGACUGGUGUUGGUGGUGCAGGGGGAGUUUUGGGUCCCUAUGGAAAGGAUGGUCUCCCAGCUGGGGCCGGUGUUGGUGGGGGUGGUGGUGAAGGAGAAGUUGGAGCUCCCUUUGGAAAGGAUGGUCUGCCAGCUGGGACUGGUGUUGGUGGUUCAGGGGGUCCCUAUGGAAAGGAUGGUCUCCCCGUUGGAGCUGGUGUUGGUGGUGCAGGGGGAGUUUUGGGUCCCUAUGGAAAGGAUGGUCUCCCAGUUGGAGCAGGUGUUGGUGUUGGUGGUUCAGGGGGUCCCUAUGGAAAGGAUGGUCUCCCAGCUGGGGCCGGUGUUGGUGGUGCAGAGGGAGUUUUGGGUCCCUAUGGAAAGGAUGGUCUCCCAGUUGGAGCUGGUGCUGGUGUUGGUGGUGCAGGGGCAGCUGGGGGUCCCUAUGGAAAGGAUGGUCUCCCAGUUGGAGCAGGAGCUGGUGUUGGUGGUGCAGGGGGAGUUUUGGGUCCCUAUGGAAAGGAUGGUCUUCCAGCUGGAGCAGGAGCUGGUGUUGGUGGUGCAGGGGGUCCCUAUGGAAAGGAUGGUCUCCCAGCUGGAGCUGGUGUUGGUGGUGCAGGAGGAGUUUUGGGUCCCUAUGGAAAGGAUGGUCUCCCAGCUGGAGCAGGAGCUGGUGUUGGUGGUGCAGGAGGAGUUUUGGGUCCCUGUGGAAAGGAUGGUCUCCCAUUUGGAACUGGUGCUGGUGUUGGUGGUGCAGGGGGAGUUUUGGGUCCCUAUGGAAAGGAUGGUCUCCCAGCUGUGGCAGGAGCUGCUCAUUUUCCUGCUGGGGGUGAGGAAGUGAUGGGAUCUGGUUGUGGCACGGAUGGCACACUGAGCAGAGCUCCAGGAUAUGCAGGUGGAACAGGAGGAGAAGGCUUUUCCAGGGAAGGCUCUGCACCGUGGGGUGCAGGGUCUGCCUAUGGCAAGGACAGAGGUUCAGCUGUAGCCAUGGCUGGUGCAGGUGGGGUUGGGAGCUUGGCAGGGGAUGAAUGGGAUUCAGUCCACGUUAAAGAAGGUGGAGGUGGUGCUGGUGGAUCACAUGGUGAAUAUGGGCUGGAUGCACAUCCUGGUAGAUCUUUGAGAGGUGAAACUGGAAAGGGCACUCCUGGUGAUGUCCCAGGGUCAGGGAACAAAGGCUCAGCUGGUGACAGAGGGUCCCUGUCAGGUCCAGGAGGAGCCAGGGCAGAAGGCAGAGAAUUCGAGCAGUUGGGCUCCCUUUAUGGCACAAAUUCUGCCCUUGGAAAGGCAGGGAGUAAAUCCCAUGACAGAUCUGUUGAUGGGAGUGGUUCAAGUGGGCUUGGUCAAGGUCCACUGAGCUAUGGCCAGAUGUCAGGUCCUUUUGGUGGACCUCCUUCAGCAAAUCAGAGAAACCAGGAACCUGACCUGGAUCUUAAAGCAAAUGAUUCCCUGAAGAACACGGAAAGCACAGGACAAAAGAGACGGAGUGUCCUGGAUGAUCUCAAAGUCCCACGCUGUUACCUCAACAAGCAGCUGGCAACCGUGCGAGUGCUGAAGGGCGAGCCAGCCGAGCUGUCCUGCACUGUCAGCAGGGACAAUGUGACAGGAACCUGGUUCAAGGAUGGCCUAAAGUUAACGAGCAUGGAUGGAGUCGUCUUUGAAAAGAAAGGUCUUGUCCACAAAUUGAUCAUUAACAAAGCUGAAGAUAUUCAUGCUGGUAAAUACAGGUUUGAAGGUGGAGAUGUAAAAACUGAAGCUUCAAUUUUUGUUGAAGAUCCUCCCCAGGUGGACAAAGUACUCCUCAAGAACCUGACCAGUGUCCCCACGGUGGCCAAGGCUGGGGAGGCGGUGAAGCUGCAGAUCCCGUUCAAGGGUCGAGGGCCCAUCAGGGCAGCGUGGCUGAAGGACAGGAUGGAGCUGGGGGAUGACACCAGGAUCCGUGUGGACAAGACAGACACCUGCACCACCCUGUCCAUCUCCAGCUGCAGCAGGAGGGACUGUGGGGAUUACAAAGUCAGGCUCAAGAACGACAGUGGUGUUCUGGAGAUCAACCUAAAGCUCGUGGUGAUAGACAAGCCACAGGCCCCAGCAGGACCCAUAAAAAUUGUAGAAAGCUCUGCCAACAACAUCACGAUCCAGUGGAAGCCCCCAAAGGAUGACGGGGGCAAAGCAGUGCAAAGGUACCUCAUAGAGAGGCAGCAGGUGGGCAGGAACGACUGGGAGAGCUUGGGAGAAACCCCCAGGAGCUGCAGCACCUUCACCACCAGCAAAGUGGAGGAAGACGUGAGCUACUACUUCAGGGUGAGGGCCGUGAAUGCCGAGGGAGUGAGUGAUGCGCUGGAGUCGGGGGAAGUCAAGGCUGCUGGUAAAGCUUCCCCUGGUGCCCCAGAUCCCCCUGAGAUCAUCAGUGCCAGCAGGGACACCAUCACCAUAUCCUGGAAAGCUCCUUGUAAAACUGGCACUUCCCAAAUUAUGGGAUACAUGGUGCAGAAACGCAAGAAGGGCACUGUGACCUGGCUGCCAGUCACCAAGGUGCCUGUCAAAGACAAGAAGCUGAAGGUGAGCAGCCUGAAGAAGGGUGUGCAGUACGAGUUCCGCGUGGCUGCUGUCAAUGCUGCUGGCACAGGACAGCCCAGUGACCCCUCAGAGGCCGCCUUCGCCCAGGACCCCACCAAAUCUCCAGGCCAAGUGCAGGACCUUAAAGUGAGCAGUAGUGACAGCACCAGCGUCACCUUGACGUGGAACAAACCUGAAGUGCAAGAUGGGAAUGAUGUGAAAGGCUACGAGGUGGAGAUGAGGCCCUGGAACAGCUCCAGCUGGACCAAGUGCUUCACCCUCCCUGCAGAGAGCACCUGCUGCAGGCUCCAGGGCCUCCAGGCCGGGCAGAAGCUGCUGCUGCGCGUGACGGCCCUCGGCAGCCGCGGCCACGGGGAGCCCCUGGAGAUCCAGGCUGGAGCUGGAGCUGCUGCUCCUGGGGUCUCUCCCAGGUUUCUGAUAGAUGACACAGUGAAAAGCUUCCUGGUUAUAAAAGCAGGGAAUCCCAUCCAGGUGAAGAUUCCCUUUGAGGGAUCUCCUGAGACGGUGGUGACCUGGUUAAAGGAUGGGCUCCCCCUUCCCAGCCGGGCUGCCGUGAGCACCAAGGAUGGAAGUGCCCAGCUGCUGCUCAGGGCAGCUGAGAUCACUGACAGCGGCACCUACAGCAUCGAGCUCGGGGAUGGGCUGGGGAAAAGGGAAACCUUCAGCUUCCAGCUUCAAAUUACAGAUGUCCCUCAGCCCCCUGGAGCCAUCCAGCUGGAGGAGAAUGUGCCCAACACAGUGACAGUGACCUGGGACCCCUCAGCAUCUGAGCAGUGGGAGAAGAACCUUUAUUACACUGUCCUGAAACGAGAAUCCCAGAAGGGUCUGUGGCAUGUGCUGGGGGACCUGAUCUACAACAACAAGUUCACCUUCACCAGGGUGGUCCCAGGCAGGGAUUAUUACUUCAGGGUUGUGGCAAAAAAUGACCUGGGAGCCAGUGAGCCAUCAGAGACUGUGCAGCCCUGGAGGAUCUGGAAAAAAAAGGCUGAGUUUCGAGUGCAAGCACAGAAGUACAGGGGAGUUAACCAGAACCAGCCCCCGAGGUUCCUGGUGCCACUCAAGUGCCAUGUCGUGGUGACAGGCAGCGAGUGUCACAUGAGCUGCGCUGUUGGGGGCCAUCCCCCCCCCAAAAUCAAAUGGUACAAGGACAGCAGAGACCUCUCCAGAGAUCCCAACUACUUCUGCACCAACGACUUUGGAGUGUGCUCCCUGGUGGUGCUGGGGGUCACCAAGCAGGAUGAGGGGGAGUACAUGGUGGAAGCCAGCAAUGAAAUGGGCCGUGCCUUCAGCAAAGCCUUCCUCGCCAUCAAAGACUCCUCCCUGUAGCAUGGCCCUGCUGAGGACAUCCCUGCAUGGCUCCCAGGAUGAGAAGGUUUGGCUGAGGACUCCUCCAUAUGAAGGCUGUGCAUUUAUGGUCAGAUGUUCUUCAUAGUCUGAGGACAUUAUUUUUCAGAUCCAGUAAUUGUACUUUGAACGUGAUGCUGCAUUGUCAUCAAUACUGAGGGGAAAAAGCUUUAAGAGCACUGUAUUUUAUUUUUUUUAAUGAUCAGGCUUUCCAUGAGACCUUUAAAACACAGCUUAGAAGCUUCACGAACACAGAAGAUGAGAGGAAAAAUAAUUGGCCGAAAUGAAACUUUCUGUGGAGAACACAGAUGGAAGAGAUCAUCUUGCCACACCACUCACCCACAACAAGGACAUUUCUGGACAUCAGGGGUCUCUGGUCCUUUCACAUAUGUUUUUUCAAGCCAAAACAAGCACCUUGGAUCCCAUGUGAUUCUCUGCAGGUUUCCCAAAUCUGGCAGAAGCAGUUCUGCAUGUGUUCUACUACCAGUAGCAUCUAAAUAGAUAAAUCUAACCCCUAAGUCAUUUUGUCUGGGCAGGAGAUGAAAUCUCA